AUGGAGUCUAUAUUAAUGGGACUGCUUGGAUCGGCUGGAAUGGACUAUGACCGUUUCAUAGUUGAUGCAGUACGUAACCACCUUUUUCAAAGGCCUGGUGGUCCUUUAACGGGACUUGAUCUACCAGCAGUUAAUAUUCAGAGAGGAAGAGAUCAUGGCAUUCCUCCCUACAAUUCCUAUCGCCAAAUAUGUGGAUUCGAGAGGGCUUCAAACUUUGAGGAUUUGUUGGAUACUAUGGAUGAGGCUGCUGUCAAUGCACUCAAAGCAGCUUAUGCUAACGUAGAUGAUGUUGACUUGUUCCCAGGGAUUAUGUCGGAGAAGCCGUUGAAAGGGGCAUUAGUAGGCCCGAUGUUAGCGUGUAUUUUGGCUGAACAAUUUCAACGAUUGAAGCGAUGCGACAGAUUUUUCUAUGAAAAUUCUGAUCCUAUUAAUAGAUUCACACCAGGCAUGAUCCUCUAA